AUGGCUAUCACAGGUAUUUCACCACGCACUAUUGACUCAAUUUAUGGUAGAGCCUGCCAACGUGGAUUUGAGCCUAAUUCACCCACUAUUAAACUCCUCCCCGAGUACCUCGAAGACGCCCCUCGCGCUGGUCGCCCUAGUAAGCAGGAAGCUAUCCACAACGCCACUCUUUCACAAUGUUUACGGUUACAACAUAUCAUCCACCACAGUGUAGAGAGACCUAAAAGCAGCCGGUUACAACAAGACGAAGCCCACGAGGAAGCCUGGGUUGACGAAGAAGAUAAGACAGGAGAGACUUAA